CUCCGUCCUGCCACCAGGGUCUUCCCGCAGCUCUGCUUUUUGCUGCGAUGUUUUAGAUGCAGGACAGCUCUCCCCGAUUUCUGCCCAGAGGAGAGACGGGGCAGUGGAUGCACUGACUCUCUUUGCCCCGUGUGGGUGCCUGCCCCUCGGCAAGGAAGGAUGCGGCUCCAGCUGCAGACACUUGUCCAAAGGAAGUUUAAAGUCCUCCUCCUCCUGCUGCUGCUCCUGGCCCUCCUGCUGCAUGUAACGAUGGACUUGGCUCUCCCCGCGACUCGCAGGCCCUGCAGCUCUGAUGCAAAAGAACCAAAAGCCUCGGGUACCUCCACAGGCAGCCCUUUGCUGGCCAGCCCCGAAAAGCUGAGCCUGCGCAUCCUCCAGGACUUCAGUGGCAGCAAUGGUUCCCUGGAGAAAAGCUCCCAGCCGCAGGGAGCAGGGCCAAAGGGAAAGGAUGGGGACGUGGGGAUCCAGCACCGGCAUGGAGAUGUCGGUCCAGCGUGGGCCAAGGGAUCCAAGCUAGCUGCGCUCUUUGAGCAUCCCCUUUAUAAUAUCCCGUUGCCGGAGGUGAAGGACAAAGACAAGCUGUUCAUCGCCAACCCCAUGGAAAAGUUCAGCCUACGGAGCAGUAGGAGCGAUGAAUGGGUCAGCAGCAGUAAAGCCGAGAUGGUCCUCCCGACAGGGAAGACAGCCUACGACACCUACCCCGCCUGGCUCAAGUUCCACAUCGGCAUCAACCGCUACGAGCUGUACCCGCGCAGGGACCCCCUGAUGCCCACCCUCCUGCAGGACCUGGCCACCAUGAAGAUUGUCAGCUCGGUGCAGAAGUCUGGCGGUACCCAGUUGAAGCUCAUCAUGACAUUCUCAAACUACGGGCAGGCCCUCUUCAAACCCAUGAAGCAGAGCAGGAACCAAGAGACCCCCGCUGACUUCUUCUACUUCUCAGACUUUGAGCGGCACAAUGCGGAGAUUGCAGCCUUUCACCUGGACAGGAUCCUGGAUUUCCGACGCAUCCCACCGGUUUCUGGUCGCUUGGUGAAUAUAACAAAGGAGAUCCGGGACAUCACGACCGACAAGAAACUGGCCAGGACUUUCUUCAUCUCCCCAGCGGGCAACGUCUGCUUCUACGGGGAGUGCUCCUACUACUGCUCCACCGAGCACGCUCUGUGCGGCAAGCCGGACCAGCUGGAGGGCUCCAUGGCAGCCCUGCUGCCCGACAAAGCCCUGGCCAAGCGCCGCUCCUGGCGCAGCCCCUGGCGCCGCUCCUACCACAAGAGCAAGAAGGCUGAGUGGGAGCUGGAUCCCAACUACUGCAGCCAGGUGCGCCGGACGCCGCCCUAUGACAGUGGUCAUCGCCUCCUUGACCUCAUUGACAUGGCAGUGCUUGAUUUCCUCAUGGGCAACAUGGACCGACACCACUAUGAGACCUUUGAGAAAUUUGGGAACGACACCUUUUUGCUUCACCUGGACAAUGGCCGCGGCUUCGGCACGCACUCCCGCGACGAGAUGUCCAUCCUGGCCCCUCUCCAGCAGUGCUGCAGCAUCAAGAAGUCCACCUACCUGCGGCUGCGGCUGCUGGCCACCGAGCCCUACCGCCUGAGCGAGCUGCUGCGGGAAGCGCUGGCCGCUGACCACCUGGCACCCAUCCUGGCCGAGCCCCAUCUGCAGGCACUGGACCGGCGCCUGGGCAAGGUGCUGGCGGCUGUGGGACGCUGCCUGGCCACGGCAGCACAGCCCCACCAGGUGCUGGUGGACGACAUAGGGCCGUGGCUGUGACACGGGGAUGGUGAUGUGGUGUGGUGGCAUUUGCCACCCUGGGAAGAGCUCUGAGUGUGUGGUGUUGCAUUUUGGCACUUGGAUGAUGCAAGGGGAGACGGGCGGGUGCGCGCGUUAUUUAAAUAAAUAGGUCGGCCUCGUGGAGAAAACAUGA